AGCCUGUUUCUAAAUAAAUAAAGAUGCGGAAGAGGUUUUAAAAAAAGUAGAACCGGUACUUUCGAGAUCUGGAGAUUUGCGCUAGGAACUGGAAGUUCUAGAAAGUCGCCCACCCUCCUUCCUGAACAAUGACUCGCUUGCUGUGCACACUGAGCUGCGGACUUCACGAGCAGAGCAUGAAGGAGGAGGCUUCAGAGCAUCUUUCCUGAAUCGCCUAGGGCUAGGGCUGGGGCUGGGGCCGGGGCCAGUUUCCUCCAGCAUAAUUUUUCUCGACGAGGGCCCCUUUCCGUGUCUGCAAUUCGCAAACCAUGACUGACCGCUUAGUGGACGCUGCGGAUCUCCCCGCUUUCGAGCAAAUUGUCAGCGGGGCACCUGAGGCGGUGGUGCACUUCUGGGCUUCCUGGUGUGAGCCCUGCAAGCACCUAGACAACAUUCUCGCACAACUAGCGUCUGAGAAUCAGAACGCAGCAUUCGUGCGGGUGGAAGCGGAGGAGGUCGCAGACGUGUCGGAGAAGUAUGACGUCGCUGCUGUUCCCUUCUUCCUUUUCUUCAAGAAUGGUGCUCUGGUGGACUGCUUGGAAGGCGCCAACCCUGGGGAGCUCAGCAAAAAGGUCGCGCUGCACCUGAAGGGAACAGGAUCCGCAAAUGGCGCAAUUUCGGCUAAGUCUAGUGGUUCCGCCCCCGCAACCCAGGCCCCCAGCGUCAAGGCCGCCCCUUCUAAAGAUGCCCUGCAAGCAAAGCUCACCGCCCUAGUUAAGUCUCGGCCGGUUCUCUUGUUCAUGAAAGGCACUCCGGAAGCCCCCCGCUGCGGGUUCAGUAAAAAAGUGGUGGCGGCAUUGAAGGAGGAGAACGUCCCGUUUGGCUCGUUUGACAUUUUGGGAGACGAGGAGGUGCGCCAGGGGAUGAAGGAGUUCUCGAACUGGCCGACGUUUCCGCAGCUUUAUGUGAACGGGGAGCUCGUGGGGGGGUGCGACAUUGUACUGGAAAUGGCCCAAAGUGGGGAGUUACGAGAGCUGCUUCAGAAAGAGGGGGUGACGGCGGUCGUCGAUAAGGCGACUACGAGUGAAACGAAAGUGACGGACUCGGAGCAGGUGCAGGAUAAGAGCGUGGUCGAGGGAGGGAAGGGAAGGCUGGAGGACCGGUUAGAGGCGCUGGUUAACUCCAAACCCGUGGUCCUCUUUAUGAAGGGCACGCCGGAGAAUCCCCGGUGCGGGUUCAGUCAGAAGGUGGUCAGGGCGUUGCGGGAGGAGGGGGUAGACUUCGGGAGCUUUGACAUUCUGAGUGACGAGGAGGUGCGGCAGGGCCUCAAGGCGUACUCGAACUGGCCGACGUUCCCGCAGCUGUACAGCAAGGGCGAGCUUGUUGGGGGGUGCGACAUCGUUCUCGAGAUGCACGAGAGCGGGGAACUGAAAGAAGCUCUAGCUGCCUAGGAGUACAGAUGGGCGGACUUGGGCAUCGGUAUACACUAGAAGAGUCAUACGGAAAGCUGGAAUUUUGAAAGCAUGCAACUGAUCAUCCGAAGCUAGGAGAUGAAAUGCUUUAUAAGCAGAUGAACUGACGGGACAUGAUACUUCGUAUAGUCUUGAUUAAUGAACCGAUGAGCUUGUUCUUCGACUCGUGCUCCUCUCUUUUACGUCAGUUGACUGCGGCGAAGCGCACCCGGCUUCGCAUCAAUCAUGCGCCGGGGGCCGGGCGGGUGGACGUACGUAC